GGCAAAAUCAUGAGUAAUACUGACGAGAGAAAACUGAAUUCUGAGGAAGAGGGACAUGAAAGUUCUGACGACAGUGGCUAUCUUAGUAGCGAUGAAAAAGGAGAAAUUCACGAACUUGUUCUGGCCUUGCCGGCAUUGAGUCUCGCUGAAAGUUUUAACGUGGAUGAAACUAUCCGUGAAGACGCCGCAGUUGCGGCAACUCUUAUUGUUGAUGCUGCUAAAGAAGCCGCAGUUGCGGCAACACUUAGUGUUGAUGCUGCUAAGGAAGCCGCUGGGAAGAAGGAUCAAACUGGCAGUGGUAAAGGUGGCUUUGAUGGGGCUCCCAAAGAUAGGAUCAAAGUCGGAAGACCACGUGUCUUAUUGGAAGCUCUUGCCGGAGCGUCUGGAUCUACAGUCGUCGCUUCCACCAUGGACAAAGAGCCAAUUAAGAAGGCUAGAAAGAAAGGGUCGACGCAAUUGACCAACCCUCCUAAAGGUCCUCCCACAUGUAACAUAUGUGGGAUAGGUUUUGGUUCUUGGAAAGCUGUCUUUGGUCACCUAAGUCUUCACAAAGACCGUGGAUAUCAAGGUUUUCUUCCUCCACCAACAUUUAAUGCGGCUGAGGAAGGAUUUGGUGGGACGGUUGCUGCUUCUUCCGGUGGCGGAGGGUCUGGUUCAGGCACUGGAGGGUUGGAGAUUGAUCUGAAUGUUGAUGUAAUGGAAGAGGAUGAAGGAGGGACUGCAUCUGGUGUCGCUCCAAAGUUUGAUCUCAAUAGGUCUCCCCCACAGGAAGACGGAAAAGAGGAUGACAAAGCUAAGUGAAAAGCAUUCUGAGACUUUGCUAAAACAUUACAAUUUCAAUUUUCUUGUUUGAUUUCAAUAAUGUGCAUGUGCGCAUGCAAAUACUCUUCCUUCGUAACAUUGUUUUCUUCCGUUUGUUUCUUUGAACUAUUCAAUCUAUGCUGUUGUUGCUUCAUACAUUAUGUGACGUACUUUCAUUGAAAUGAAGAUAUAAUAAGAGUU